AUGGACAUCGAGCUCUGGCCGAUAUGGGCGACGCUCGCGGUCGCCUCGCUCCUCUACUUCCUGGCCAGCCCCACACGCCGUUCCGGCACGGGGGCCGGGCGGAUUCCGCCGGGCCCCACGCCGCUCCCGCUCGUCGGCAACCUGCUCUGCCUCCGCCGCGGCAACCUCCACCACACGCUCGCGCGCCUCGCGCGCGCCCACGGCCCCGUCAUGACGCUCAGGCUCGGCCUCACCACCGCCGUGGUGGUGUCCUCGCGCGACGCGGCCCGGGAGGCGUUCACUCGGCACGACCGGCGCCUGGCCGCCCGCGCCGUCCCGGACGCUGCGCGCGGCCUCGGCUUCGCCGACCGGUCUAUGUUGUGGCUGCCCAGCUCCGACCCGCUCUGGAAGAGUCUGCGCGGCAUCGCGGCCGCCCACGCCUUCUCCCCGCGCGCCCUCGCCGCGGCGCGCGGCGUCAGGGAGCGCAAGGUGCGCGACAUGGUGAGCUACUUCCGCGGCCGCGCCGGGAGGGAGGUGGACGUCGGCCAGGCCAUGUACGCCGGCGUGCUCAACCUCGUGUCGAGCGCGCUCUGCUCCGUCGACGUGGUCGACAUGGGCGCCGCCGAGUCAGGGCAGGGCGUGCGGGAGCUCGUCGAGGAACUCGUCGCGGUGAUCGCCAAGCCCAACAUCUCCGACCUCGUCCCUUUCCUUCGGCGUCUCGACUUGCAAGGGUGGCGUCGCUGGUCGGCGAUGCGGAUCGGGAAAAUCUUCCUCAUAUUGGAUGGCAUAAUCGACUGUCGUAUGGCCAACACCUCCACGGAGGAGAAGCUUUCUCACGGUGACUUCCUGGACUCGCUCCUCGAGCUCUUCUCCACGGGCAAGAUCGCCCGCGACGGCCUGACAGCCAUCUUGUUCGACCUGUUCACGGCCGGGAGCGACACCAUGGCCCUCACCGUCGAGUGGGCGAUGGCCGAGCUGCUUCGGAACCCAGGCGUCAUGGCCAAGGUCCGCGCGGAGAUAGACGACGCUGUCGGCGGCAAGGAGAGCAUCGACGAGACCGACGCGGCGGGCUUGCCGUACCUCCAAGCCGUGUUGAAGGAGGCCAUGCGGCUGCACCCGGUGGGGCCGAUACUGCUGCCCCACCGGGCCGUGGAGGAAGGCGUGGAGAUCGGCGGCUACGCCGUGCCGGAGGGCUCGACAGUCAUCUUCAACGCGUGGGCGAUAAUGCGCGACCCGGCGGUGUGGGAGAGUCCCGACGAGUUCGUGCCGGAGAGGUUCCUGGGCAUGGCCGAUGCAGACCAGGCGGUGGACUUCCGGGGCAAGGCGUUCGAGUUCAUCCCGUUCGGGUCCGGCCGGAGGCUGUGCCCCGGCCUGCCGAUGGCGGAGCGCGUCCUGCCGUUCAUCCUAGCCUCGUUGCUGCACGCGUUCGAGUGGCGGCUGCCGGACGGCGUGUCGGCGGAGGAGCUGGACGUGAGCGAGAGGUUCACCACCGCCAACGUGAUGGCUGUCCCACUCAAGGCCGUGCCCGUCGUGGUCACCUCAUUAAUGAACGUCACAACGUGA